AGGAGUACGAACUUUCUACGACCAUCAAAACACUCAAUCAACAACCCUCCGAUACCAGCUGUUAUACGCUCCUUUACCGACUCUAAGCUACACGUCGUCGCUAAAUCACUCGGCUUUCUCUGUCACGUCCACAUCCGAAUCUCCCGUUCGAUACCGACAUUCUACACGUCACAUACACUAUGGCUUCCCGCAUCGCAUCCUCAAGACGUCCACGCUACCUCACCGAGUCCGAACGUGACCGCCUCGAAGAGUUCAUCAAUGACAUCCACUACUCUGCGAGAUAUUCCGAUGACCACUACGAGUACCGACACGUCAUGUUGCCAAAGGCCAUGUUGAAGGCAAUUCCGAAGGACUACUUUGACCCUGAUACGGGGUGUUUGAAGAUUCUGCACGAAGAGGAGUGGAGAGGACUUGGUAUUACCCAGUCUUUGGGAUGGCAACACUACGAGACUCACGUCCCAGAGCCACACAUUUUGCUGUUCAAGCGGGAGAAGGACUUCGGACAGUGAGCAACGCGAAGGAUGGGAAGUGGACUGCGAGUGAAGCAAGAG